AUGGCAGCAGAGAGCAGUGUAAAAGUGGCCAGAAUGAAUCUGGGUUCACAAGGACUGGAAGUGUCUGCUCAGGGAUUGGGAUGCAUGGGCAUGUCGGCAUUUUACGGCCCGCCCAAGCCCGAACCCGACAUGAUCAAGCUCAUUCACCAUGCCAUUAACUCCGGCAUCACCUUCCUUGACACCUCCGACGUAUAUGGACCGCACACCAACGAAAUCCUCCUCGGAAAGGCUUUGAAGGAUGGGAUGAGGGAGAACGUCGAGUUGGCUACAAAAUUUGGGAUUAACUUUUCUGAUGGGAAGAGAGAGAUAUGUGGUGACCCAGCUUAUGUGCGGGCUGCCUGUGAGGCCAGCUUGAAGCGGCUUGAUAUAGAUUGCAUUGAUCUCUAUUAUCAACAUCGCAUUGAUGCACGAUUGCCCAUUGAAGUCACGAUCGAAGAACUCAAGAAACUGGUGGAAGAAGGUAAGAUAAAAUAUAUUGGUCUAUCAGAGGCCUCAGCUGCAACAAUCAGAAGAGCACAUUCUGUUCAUCCAAUAACUGCUGUGCAGUUGGAGUGGUCUUUGUGGUCUAGAGAUGUGGAGGCAGAAAUAAUUCCUACUUGCAGAGAACUUGGUAUCGGAAUAGUAGCUUACAGUCCUCUUGGACGAGGAUUCUUUGCCUCUGGCCCAAAAUUGGUUGAAACUUUCGGUGAAGCAGACUUCCGCAAGUAUCUACCGAGAUUCCAACCCGAGAAUCUAGAGCACAAUAAGAGCUUGUUUGAGAGAGUCAGUGAUAUGGCAAGUAGAAAGGGAUGCACCCCUUCACAGCUAGCUUUGGCUUGGGUCCAUCAUCAAGGUGCCGAUGUGUGUCCCAUACCUGGUACCACGAAAAUCAAGAAUUUUGAGCAGAACGUUGGGGCAUUGUCUGUAAAACUGACAAAAGAAGAAAUGGCAGAGCUCGAAUACAUUGCUUCUGCUGAUCGAGUCAAGGGUGAUAGAUAUGGAUCUGGUUUAAGUACAUGGGAAAAUUCAGACACUCCUCCCUUGUCAACUUGGAAAGCUGCAGCAUGA